UGCCGGCGCUAUGCGACCCCCGGCGGCUGGCGCACCGCCUCCUGGUGCUGGCCCUCAUGUGCUUCCUGGGUUUCGGCAGCUAUUUUUGCUAUGACAAUCCAGCAGCUCUCCAGACUCAAGUUCAAGGGGAUAUGAAGGUGAACACAGCUCAGUUCAUGUCAUUAUAUGCUUGGUAUUCCUGGCCCAAUGUUGUUCUCUGUUUCUUUGGAGGCUUUCUGAUAGAUAGAGUAUUUGGAAUACGGAUGGGCACCAUUAUAUUUGGCACCUUUGUUUGUGUUGGACAGGUGAUUUUUGCCUUGGGAGCUCUAUUUAAUGCUUUUUGGCUAAUGGAUGCUGGCAGAUUUGUAUUUGGAAUUGGUGGAGAAUCCUUAGCAGUGGCACAAAACACCUAUGCUGUCAGUUGGUUUAAAGGCAAGGAAUUAAAUCUUGUCUUUGGAUUGCAACUUAGCAUGGCCAGAAUUGGAAGCACAGUAAAUAUGAAUAUCAUGGGAUGGGUAUACUCCAGAGUUCAAGAUCUGCUGGGCUCUACAGGUCACACUACACUUGGAUUAACACUUAUGAUAGGUGGUGUAACUUGUAUCUUUUCACUGAUUUGUGCACUAAUUCUUGCUUACCUGGACAAGAGAGCAGAAAAGCUCCUUUGCAAGAAGCAAGGAAAAACUGGUGAAGUGAUUAAAUUAACUGAUGUGAAGGACUUCUCAUUGUCCUUAUGGCUCAUAUUUAUAAUCUGUGUGUGUUACUAUGCAGCUGUGUUUCCUUUCAUUGGAUUGGGAAAGGUUUUUUUCAUCGAGAAAUUUAAAUUUUCUCCUCAAGAAGCAAGUGCAAUUAACAGCAUUGUAUAUAUCAUAUCGGCACCCAUGUCCCCUGUGUUUGGAUUCCUGGUGGAUAAACUUGGAAAGAAUAUUAUCUGGGUUUUGUGUGCCGUACUGACUACACUUGCUUCUCAUAUCAUGUUGGCCUUUACUUUCUGGAACCCUUGGAUUGCAAUGUGUAUGUUAGGAGUAGCCUAUUCGUUACUAGCCUGCGCCUUGUGGCCAAUGGUGGCCUUUGUUGUACCAGAGCAUCAGCUGGGAACUGCUUACGGCUUUAUGCAGUCCAUCCAGAAUUUGGGUUUGGCAAUAAUUUCCAUAGCAGCUGGCACGAUACUGGAUUCUCGAGGGUAUCUGUUUCUAGAAGUUUUCUUCAGUGCUUGUAUUUGCUUGUCACUAAUAGCUGUAGUUAUGCUGUAUUUUGUGAAUCGCCUCACAGGAGGUGAUUUGAACUGGUCUGCCAAGAAAAGGGAGAAAUUGCAAAAACUAGCAGCAGCUGAAGCAGAAGAACAAGAAAAACUCAGACGUCAGAAUGAAGAUGACUUGGCCAAAUUACGGCCAAAGGAUCAUAUUAGUUUAAGGAAUAGAUACCUCUCCAGACUAGGAGCUCAGCUACCAGCUAACUAUUAUUCCCACUUACCUACACUGGCACACAGAAGUGUGCUGAAGUAACAUCCUGCAGCCCAAGUUUGUCAAGAGGCGGAAACUCUUUGAACUUCACACCCAGGCAACCUUGCUCUCAGUAGUUGAGAACAUAAAACGAAAGCAAAUUAACGAAUCUUAUUCUUUUGCUAAUAAAAAACCUAACUGGGUUUCUUUGAUAUAUAUUUUUAAUUGGUUAGUCCGUGUUUCCCAAGGGUAAAUAAUGAAUCAUCUGGCUCUGUUUGAACCCAGAAGCUGACACUUGCAACCUUCACUUUACCUUUAAAAAAUCUGUUCCCAAUACGUGGAUUCUAUUGUAAUGUCAAGUGUUGAAAUUUAACUUCUGUGGGCUCUACAAAAUGGAAUCUGAAGCUUUGAGCUAUAAUACUCUCACGUGCUGAUUCUUGUUGGCUAUGCUACAGUCUACCAUGGACAACCUUGUUAAUGUACUGCAAUAAUUCAGUGCUGCUUUUCCUAUAGAAAAUGUUGGCAUAGAAACUAAACUAAGGUGAAGCCUCUUUUUAAGAAAUUCUUCCUGUGAUUUUUAAUGAAUGCGCUGUGCUCCAAAAAAUGAGAAUUCCAGAAGUAUUUUAGUAUUAAUGGUGUUCUUAUAUGGAUUUGUGCCUCUUGUAAGCAAGGUUGAGCUCUUUUCCUAUGGAAAUGGUUCUUGAUACAUUGUUGUAACAACAGCAAAUUUAAUUUUAUAAUUACCAGUAUGGGUUUUAAGAAUUAUAUAUGGGUCUAAGGUGAAAUAUUUCAAUUGCUGGGAUGAAAUUGGUCUUAAAACCAGCUUCAUCUUAAAGAGAUGUGGGUACCCUUGAUAACCGUGGGAAAACUUGCUUGCAUCCAAGCAGGACUGAUUUUUAUUAUAUUAUACUGUUUACUUUUUCCUAAUUAAAUAUAUUUGUAUAUUUUUAAUUAAAUAGGGAAAACAUCUUUUGGUUUUUAGAAAUUCACAUCUUUGCAUUCAUAGAACCCUUAAAGUCCCCCUUUUUUUCUUUUUACUGUAUUGAGAGUAUUGUACAUACUUUACCAAAGACAGUAUUAAUAUCAAGCAAGAACUGUCAUGGUUGAUCCUCAUGAAAUUUAAUCCAGGAAAAAUUAGUCAAGAAACUUUCCUUUUGGUGCUGUAGAGAAUUACCGUGACACAUGGUUUCAGUUUUAUUUUUCUAUACUACCUUCAGAAUGGAAGGAAUGGGUACAACAGAUGUUUGUUUCUUUGUGGAGUGCGUCUUUUUGUUUAUUUUGGACUUUUUUUGUUGGACUUAUAAAUGUUGGUCUUUUGUAAUAAAUAAAACUAAAUGUAUAAGGGCA